CUGGAAAUGAUUAGAGGCGGUCUGUGUGCAACAUUUUAAAAUUACACAAAUUUUAGAAAUAAAGUUUGAAGGAAGAGGGGACAUUAAUGCUAACUUUUCAAAUCAUAGGAGUACUGGAGUUAUAUGAUCUUAAAAAUUUAAUAAAACCAAGAAGAAAAAUACUAGGGGUACACCAAUGGUGUAUCCUAUUUGUCCCACACCUCCUUCAUUACCACAAAAAUGGGCAAUAGACUAAAAAAAUUAAGUAAAUAAAAAUAAGGUAAAAAUAAAUAGUGAAGAAAGAGUUGGAGGACAAAUGGGGUAUUAAAUAAAAGUAUUUUGGUUAAAAGAUCGCGGGAGUCGGCGAGCGAGAUAUAUAUCAGUAGGUCGCUGCUUCGAACCAUGUUUACGCCUCCGCAAGAUUUGUGCCCACGAUCGGAUAGUGGGAGUCCUAGAUUAUUAGGGUAAUAUUUCCUCCAACUGAAUCACGAGUUAUUGACCUCCGAUCUGCCAGCGUUUUGGCAACUCGUUUGGCGCGUUUGUGGAGAUGCCAGAACCUUUGCAAGUCGUCUGCCCUGGAGUAAAUCUGCCACCUGACCUACUCCCUGAUGACACACAAGUAGAGUAUGAUCGCUGUGGGCGUCCAGUUUUGGAAGUUGACUACGAUGACCCUGAUGAUGAAAUUCGUGCUGACAUGAGAGAUCACAAUCGCUAUGCUAACCUUGCAUUGGCAUACUACAAUGACAAACAUUGCACUGACUAUAAGGUUGUUGAGGUUCCUUGAGGCCGGCAGAUUUAUGAGGUAACGUCGGGUGCUCAAGUCAUUGUUCACUGUGACUUUUCUGCUGCACAAUCCACAGCUGCUGAGUGUGAUUCAUCAGUUAAAAGCUUCUUUGCUGUGUUGGAGCAAUCAGAACAAGAUAAUGAAGAUGUGCGUGUUAUUUCUUGUUGCAUUGCAGACGGUCUCAAAACUGUAGGCUGUGAGGGCUGCGAUAUUACCAUGUGUGGUCCACGUGAUCCAUCGUGGAAUGAGAAGAAGGUCAAGGAUUCGAAACCUAGGUAUAGUAUUUACUCUUCUAUUAUGUCUGUCUGUUUGCGUCUUUCUUGCACUCUUCUUUAUUGAAAUCAAAUGCUGGCUUUCUUCUACUCUGAUCAUUUAUGGGGGGGUGGGGGGGAGGCUAGCUUGAGUACAUUUGCUGAGAAUGAAGAAAAGGGCAAGGUAAUAUAGAGGUUGAGGCUAGUAAAUGGGUUUUGUGUAAUCAAGUGUUUUAGUUUCAUCAUUUUAAAUCAAAUGUCCCCUUUUCCCAUUUCUCGUUGCUCUCACUCCUACUCUUUCCUUCAUCUCACAAAAUUUUUAUCAUUUUGAUUUUUAAAAUAUUUAAAGAGUGUAUAUUUUAGUGUUCAUAUUCUUUAAAAUAUACUUGAAUGUAAUGGGUAAAAAAUGGUAUGAUGUGUAGAUUAACAGUGAAAAAUGUGAUGUGUUAGGUAUCUUAAGAAUUAGUAGAGACAAAAGUGUGUUUUUAAUAGAAAUGAAUUUUUUUAAAUAGA